GGACGGGAGGAGGAAAGUAGAGGAGAGGAAGAGAGAUAUUGAAGGAGUCAGCACAGUUAGCGAGUGAGGGAGGGAGCCAGGGAGAAGAGAGAAAGAAAGAGGGAGCAAAAAAAUAAAGAGCAAAAGAGGUACAGCUCAGCAAAUCAGGGCUUUCAGCCAGUCACAGCUAUUCCCUACUCAGCUGCUGUGUUCUAGCCAGAGAGGAGAGUUUCACUGCCUCUGAAAAGCGAGAGAGAGCAACAAAAAAAACAAGAGAAAGAGAGAGGGGAAAUAGCUAACUCGCUGUGGAAGAGAGGGAGACAGAGAGAGAAAGAGCGAGAGAGCAAGGGAGACAGAGAGAGAGGCAGAGAGAGAGAAAGAGAGAGAGAGCGAGAGAGAGAGAGAGAGAGAGAGAGAGAGAGUGAAAGAGAGAGAGAAAGAAUAAGAGGUUCUCUGUCCAGAGUUUAGGAGGAGAAAAUGGAUUCCGACUCGGGGGAGCAGAGUGAGGGGGAUCUCCCAGGCCAGGAUUGUUUCAACUCUCGCUCCCUGGCCCUCCAGGCACAGAAGAAGAUCCUAUCCAAGAUGGCGACCAUGGCGGUGGCCAACCUCCUGACGGACGACGUCAGCAGUGAGAUCCUGGACGAGCUGUACAAAGCCAGCCGGGAGUUCACUAAAAGUAAGAAGGAGGCCCACAAGAUCGUCAAAGACGUCAUCAAGAUCGCCCUGAAGAUCGGCAUCCUGUACCGCAACCACCAGUUCAGCCCAGACGAACUGGACACAGUCGAACGCUUCAAGAAGAAGAUGAACCAGGCGGCCAUGACAGCGGUCAGCUUCUACGAGGUGGACUACACGUUCGACCACCACAUUCUGUCAGAGUUGCUGCUGGAAUGCCGGGACCUUCUGCAUGCGCUGGUGGAGCAGCACCUGACCCUGCGGUCGCACACUCGCAUCGACCACGUGUUCAACCACUUUGCCCACGGGGAGUUCCUGGCCGAGCUGUACGGAGACGGAGAGGAGUACAGACUGUACCUGAGGAAGAUCUGCAACGGGAUCAACAAACUACUGGAUGAGGGAACGCUUUAACCUCUGACCCCUGAUCUCUCACCUCUCACCUUUGACCUGAAGUUUGACCCUGCUCAUCCCCUCCCUUACUCAAUCUCUAUGGUUGCGCCUCAAUAAUCUCCCCUUUCUCCUGAAGUGUGCACUUGUCCACUUCCCUUCAUGGAUUUGAUGCCUACACUAAACCAAUAAUUUUACAUUUGUGGAGAGUAGCAAAAGAGUGCACACUUCAGGAAGAAGGAGAGAUUAUUGGGACACACUCCUCGUCUUCCUCCGGUCUCUCCACGGAUCUGCUUUCCCUCCUCCUCUCAUUCCUUCUGUUUUUUUAAAUCAGCUCCUGAUCUGUUCUGUUCUACCUUUACCCUUCUUUUUCCUCCUGUUCUCCCACUUCCUCCUCUCUUUUCUCUCCUCCUCUCUUUUCUCUCCUACUCUCCCACUUCCUCCUCUCUUUUCUCUCCUACUCUCCCACUUCCUCCUCUCUUUUCUCUCCUACUCUCCCACUUCCUCCUCUCCUUUCUCUCCUACCCUGAUCUCCCUUUUAUUCUACUGAGCUUCCUGGACAGGGAUGUGCUUUAAUCUUCCUGUCCUUGUUUCUCUCCUUAUUCUCCUGCUCCUCUUCUUUCCUCUCCUUGUUUCUCUCCUUAUUCUCCUGCUCCUCUUCUUUCCUCUCCUUGUUUCUCUCCUUAUUCUCCUGCUCCUCUUCUUUCCUCAUUCUCCUGCUCCUCUUCUUUCCUCUCCUUGUUUCACUCCUUAUUUCUAUGGAGUUUCCGUGACGUUGAUGAACUGUAUGAAUAAUUCUAAGAUAUUUAACUGGUGUCACAGCUCUGUUCUGUGAGGUGUUUUCGCUACAUCCCUCACCCUCACCCUCUCCCUCUCCCUCUCCCUCUCCCUCUCUCUCACCCUCUCCCUCUCCCUCACCAUCCCCAAAGUUGGUAAGAGUGUGGCGCUAGCAAAUCCAAGAUAAUUGGUUCAGUUCCCACAAGGAUCAUACACACAUAUUAAAGACAUAUUCACUCACUGACACUGUUCUGUUAGUGGCUUUGCAUAAAAGCAUCUGCUAAGUGACAGAUAUUAUGUCCUAAUAAAGUCUAGGAAGUCACUACAGGAGAGUGUAAAGGGGGUGGGGAUCACCAGCGUAGCGUCUGAUAGGCUAUGACUGUGACUGGUCGUUCACAUAGCAACGUAGCCCACAUAAAACAACAAGACCCAUGAGAGACCUGUGAAUCAGAAGAGUUUUUUCCCUCUUUGGCAUUCAAGAAAUCCAAAAUCUGUGUUGAUUACGUGAUAGCAACAUUAUACGUACUUAUAGCUUUACUGCUCUGAAUCAAGGCCAAAAAGAAUGAUGAUGUUUUGUAAAUACACUGUUUGUUCUCUCUCCUUUUGUCAUUAUGACUGUGUGUGGGCGUCAUGGUGUCUUAUAUCAGGACCUGGAGUUUUUCCUGACCACGUGACCUUCAUUACCAGGAAAAACUCCUGACCGUAUAGUUCUGUAUACUGUAUACAUCGUUAACCAAUCACAGCCAACUGUCACCAUUUCCUGCCAAAUACUAAGGCUGGGAUUCAACCCUCCACACACUAUAAUAAUCUUUUAGAGAAGGAGGCCCACAAGAUGUUUACCAUGAAUACGAUCUGUGUGUGUGUGUGUGUGUGUGUGUGUGUGCACAUUUUACUAUACUUGAGAGUACAAGAAUAGUAAACCAACUAAAAUGCAGGGAAGUGAGGAAAUUUAGCCUGUCCUCACUUGCAAAAAUGCUUUUAAGGCUAGGGAUUAGGUUAAGGGUUAGUGUUAGAAUUAGGGUUAGAGGUUAGGUUUAGGGUUACGGUUAAGGUUAGGAGUUAGAGGUUAGGGGUUAAGGUAAGGAUUCGGUUUAAGGAAAAUAGGAUUGUGAAUCAAUUGUUGGUCCCCAAAAAGUCCUCACAAGUAUGGUAAGACGUACAGUAUGUGUGUGUGCUCGCGUGCACAUCAUGUGUCUAUGUCUGUAUCCUCUCUGCCAGGGUGUAACACGUUCAUCUUUUAUUAAAGAUUCCUUAUAAAUCA